UGAACAGGCUAGUAAUAGGGGUGGCAACAAUUUCGGCAGAUAAUUUUAGAAAGAAAGGGUCCAGAUUGUCUAGCCCGGCUGAUUUGUAGGGGUCCAGAUUUUUCAGCUCUUUCAGAACUUCAGCUGAAUGGAUUUGGGAGAAGGAGAAAUGGGGAAGGCUUGGGCGAGUUGCUGUUGGGGGUGCAGUGCUGUUGACCGGGGUAGGAGUAGCCAGGUGGAAAGCAUGGCCAGCCGUAGAAAAAUGCUUAUUGAAAUUCUCAAUUAUGGUGGAUUUAUCAGUGGUGACAGUGUUUCCUAUCUUCAGUGCAGUGGGCAGCUGGGAGGAGGUGUUCUUAUUCUCCAUGGACUUUACAGUGUCCCAGAACUUUUUAGAGUUAAUGUUGCAGGAAGCAAAUUUCUGCUUGAAAAAGCUAGCCUUGGCUUUUCUAACUGCCUGUGUAUAACGGUUUCUAGCUUCCCUGAACAGCUGCAUAUCACGGGGGCUGUUCGAUGCUAAUGCAGAACGCCAUAGGAUGUUUUGUGUUGGUUAAGGGCAGUCAGGUCUGGGGAGAACCAAGGGCUAUAUCUGUUCCUGGUUCUAAAUUUCUUGAAUGGGGCAUGUUUAUUUAAGAUUGUUAGGAAGGCAUUUAAAAAAAAUAUCCAGGCAUCCUCUGACGGGAUGAAAUCAAUAUCCUUCCAGGACACCCCGGCCAGGUCGAUUAGAAAGGCCUGCUCGCUGAAGUGUUUCAGGGAGCGUUUUACAGUGAUGAGUGGAGGUCGUUUGACCGCUGACCCAUUACGGAUGCAGGCAAUGAGGCAGUGAUCGCUGAGAUCUUGGUUGAAGACAGCAGAGGUGUAUUUAGAGGGGAAGUUGGUUAGGAUGAUAUCUAUGAGGGUGCCCGUGUUUAAGGCUUUGGGGGGGUACCUGGUAGGUUCAUUGAUAAUUUGUGUGAGAUUGAGGGCAUCAAGUUUAGAUUGUAGGAUGGCUGGGGUGUUAAGCAUGUUCCAGUUUAGGUCGCCUAGCAGCACAAGCUCUGAAGAUAGAUGGGGGGCAAUCAGUUCACAUAUGGUGUCCAGAGCACAGCUGGGGGCAGAGGGUGGUCUAUAGCAGGCGGCAACGGUGAGAGACUUGUUUUUAGAGAGGUGGAUUUUUAAAAGUAGAAGUUCAAAUUGUUUGGGUACAGACCUGGAUAGUAGGACAGAACUCUGCAGGCUAUCUUUGCAGUAGAUUGCAACACCGCCCCCUUUGGCAGUUCUAUCUUGUCUGAAAAUGUUGUAGUUUGGAAUUAAAAUUUCUGUAUUUUUGGUGGUCUUCCUAAGCCAGGAUUCAGACACAGCUAGAACAUCCGGGUUGGCAGAGUGUGCUAAAGCAGUGAAUAGAACAAACUUAGGGAGGAGGCUUCUAAUGUUAACAUGCAUGAAACCAAGGCUAUUACGGUUACAGAAGUCAUCAAAAGAGAGCGCCUGGGGAAUAGGAGUGGAGCUAGGCACUGCAGGGCCUGGAUUCACCUCUACAUCGCCGGAGGAACAUAGGAGGAGAAGAAUAAGGGUACGGCUAAAAGCAAUAAGAAUUGGUCGUCUAGAACGUCUGGAACAGAGAGUAAAAGGAGGUUUCUGGGGGCGAUAAAAUAGCAUCAAGGUAUAAUGUACAGACAAAGGUAUGGUAGGAUGUGAAUACAGUGGAGGUAAACCUAGGUAUUGAGUGAUGAAGAGAGAGAUAUUGUCUCUAGAAACAUCAUUGAAACCAGGAGAUGUCAUUGCAUGUGUGGGUGGUGGAACUAAUAAGUUGGAUAAGGUAUAGUGAGCAGGACUAGAGGCUCUACAGUGAAAUAAGCCAAUAAACACUAACCAGAACAGCAAUGGACAAGACAUAUUGACAUUAAGGAGAGGCAUCCUUAGUCGAGUGAUCAAAAGGGUCCAGGGAGUGGAGAGGUUGGUUUGGGGGUCACGGCGAUUUAGACAGCUAGCCAGGACAUCGGUAGCAAGCUAGCAUAGGAUGGAGGUCUGUUGUUAGCCACCUCUUGCGUUCCGUCAGUAGAUUAGUGGGGUUCCGUGUGGUAGAGGGGAUUAGUCCAAAUCACACAACAACAAAAAAAUAAAAACAAUAGAUAUAGUUAUAGAGGCCCAAGAAGAAACAUAAUAAUAAUAAAAAUAAAUAAAUUGUCCGAUUGAGGAGGUGGACACUGCACCCGCUGCCAGUCAGGACACAGAGGAUGACUGCCUUUCCACAUCCUAAACGGCUCACAUUGCUUAAGUUUCCUUCCAUUCGUUAACUAUUAAUCUGACUAGUAAUCCAACCCUUCCCCAUGACUCUUCUAUUUCCAGGAGUACAUAGGACCUGAUGGGGUGGAUACCAGCACGUGGUCCUCCUGGCCAAGAGUCUGGUGAGGCGGCUGGAGGGGCCAUGGAUCUCUAAUAGGCACAUAGAGGAGAUCAUGGCUCUCUGGGGAAAUCUUCCAGAGAGAGACAAGGCGGCAGUCUCCUACCCAGAGACGUUCCGGGACCGAGUCCUGCAGGGGCGCUUCAACAAUUCAAAGACCUCAACUGUGAAGGGGGAAGAGAGUUUGAAGCACUCCCUGCUUGGGCAAGGCUGUGGACCUGCUCAGUGGCUCAACACCAGCAGGACAGUGGAGGCUAUUUUUGUUGAGCUGUGCCACAAACAUCCUGCUGGCAAGAUGGUGCUUGGAAACCGGGUCAGCAGGUGGGCUGCCAUCCUGGGGGACUACAGGAGAAUCAGGAUCAUGGUGCUGGGCAGCCCAAACUUGAAUACCGACACAAUGCUGCAACUGUUCGAGGUCAACAAGUUGACCUUGACACAGUGCUACAUAGGCUGGAUAAGGCAGCUCAACACAUUGAGGAGGAGGAGGAAAGCACAAAAGGCCCAACUGAAGUGUGACAGAAUAAAAAGCCACCUGAGGGAAAGAGAGGAGAGAGCCCAGCGGCGUGUUGGAAAACACAAGGACCCACCUCCACACCUGACAUGUAGCCGUCCGUGGCAGCCUCCAGUUCUGAAAACACAAGGACCCACCUCCACACCUGACAUGUAGCCGUCCGUGGCAGCCUCCAGUUCUGAAAACACAAGGACCCACCUCCACACCUGACAUGUAGCCGUCCAUGGCGGCCUCCAGUUCUGAAAACACAAGGACCCACCUCCACACCUGACAUGUAGCCGUCCAUGGCGGCCUCCAGUUCUGAAAACACAAGGACCCACCUCCACACCUGACAUGUAGCCGUCCAUGGCGGCCUCCAGUUCUGAAAACACAAGGACCCACCUCCACACCUGACAUGUAGCCGUCCAUGGCGGCCUCCAGUUCUGAAAACACAAGGACCCACCUCCACACCUGACAUGUAGCCGUCCAUGGCGGCCUCCAGUUCUGAAAACACAAGGACCCACCUCCACACCUGACAUGUAGCCGUCCAUGGCGGCCUCCAGUUCUGAAAACACAAGGACCCACCUCCACACCUGACAUGUAGCCGUCCAUGGCGGCCUCCAGUUCUGAAAACACAAGGACCCACCUCCACACCUGACAUGUAGCCGUCCAUGGCGGCCUCCAGUUCUGAAAACACAAGGACCCACCUCCACACCUGACAUGUAGCCGUCCAUGGCGGCCUCCAGUUCU